UCGCUCUUGAAGGCACCGCCGCAAGGAACCCUGGGAAUUACAACAUGGCGGGACGUCCAAAAACACCGCCGAGUGUCCGAAUUCUUCACAACGAACAAGAUAAACUGUCAAUAAUAACACAUUUCACAACGUAAAAACAGCAAACCGUCGGUAUUCUAACCGUUAACGGCCGCUCACAAUGAACCGGGGGAGGGUCGAAGCUCCGUCCGGUCAGCCGGUGAAAACUAACCGACUGAGGAGGAGUUUCAGGCAGACUCAAAACACACAGACCGCGGGGGAGGAAGACUCUCCAAUCAGACCAAAGUCGGAAUUUAAGACCCCGACCCGGAUCCCGAGGUCCAGGACGGGUGUUUUCAGUGCAGAGUCUCCGCACAACGACUCUGACUUCCAGCAGGACAUCAUCUGGGACCCCACCUCUCCUUCACCUAACAGAUUCGGUAAAAAAGCAGCGAAGAAGCAGCCUGUUCGAGUUGUGAACAUCUCAGACAUCGUAAACAGGAUCGCUCCAAAGCAUGGCAGACCGAAGGUGGCAGAGCCCACGCUGCAGCAGUGGAUCGGAGACACCAUCCCCUGCACCCCCGACGUUCAGGUCCCCAAACACAAGAGGAAAUCCCCGAGGCUGAACACGGUGGACGACCUGCUGAAGCUCGCCAAGCAGUUUGACUUCAACAUGUUUCGUCAGGAAGAAGACGAGGAAGAAGAGCUGAAGGACCUUCAUCAGCAGAGCCUAGAGCUCCUGUCAGACGACAUAUUGGAUCAGAACGACUUCUCCCCUUCUCUUCCUGGAAACCAGCCCCCAGCUGUGAGUCCAGGUCCAGACGUUCAGCUGCACCUGAUGGAUCAACACAUGGAGGACGAUUUGGACUUCCUGUUCGACGGACCGACCCAACAUUUAAGCGGAAACUUAAGUCAGGUGUUGUCAGCUCAGCCGUCACAAGCGAAACCAGCAGCCAAAGAGGCUUCUGGGAAAACAUCUGCUUCCUCACACACUCCCACUCCCGUUGUUCCCACGUCGAACACUAAGGACGACUUUGACGACGAUUGGGAAAACGACGACUUGCUCAAUGACUCUUUAGUGUUGGAGAUGACGCAGAAUCCUCAUAAAUUCAUCUCCCCAAAGCACGCUUCAACCCAGAAACAACCCAGUCAAGUCACAUUUCCAAGAGAAAGUCAAAGAAAUGUUGUUCAAUCGGCUGUUUCUAAAGUGGAGAAGGACAAUGUGAGGCAAAGAGCGAGUUUCAAACUGGAGCCUAAUCCUAAUUUCCCUGUCAAACCAAUCCAGACGGACACAUGGGCAAAUUCUAAUGUGGAUUACAGCUCCAAAAAAGCCGAUAAAGACACGUUUUCAUCCGGAAACAGUGUUUUAAAAGUGCCAGGUUCUCAGUAUACCUGGCAAACAUCAAACACAGUGAAAUCACAACCACUGAAACCCCAAUUUAAUCAAAAGACUGCUGUUUCCACUUUUUCUACUGCAUCAAACAUACAAACGUCAAACACAAUGAAGUCAGAUCCACCAAGACAACAGUUUAAUCAAAAUAAUUCUGUUUCUAAAUACAACUCGGCUUCUUCUACUGCGUCAAACACUUCAAAAACAACUUUUCCAAUAAAACCCACAGUAGUUUCAACGCCUGCUGUCUCUGAACACCAAGAGGAGGACCUGUCGAUUUUCUUCGAGUCCGACCCGGUUUGGGACGACCUCGCUGACGACGACCUGCUGUGUGAAAUGUGCGAAGACGUGGAGAACCAGAUCCAAAACGUGCCAAAAGCUUUGACAAAACAGCCUCUUCCCGCGGGUCCAGUGUCGAACCAGAGAGCGACGCUGCAGCCGUACAAUCAGCAGACUUUCAUACCUAAAAAACCAACUCCUACAAAUGUUUCCUUUGCUUCAGGAAGAGCAGCUGGCAGUUCAUUGGCUGCUGGGUUCGUCUCUAACGUCGGGGCACAGGUGACGAAUUCUUUCAGAUCCACACAAGUGAAGAACUCGUCUGGAUCCACGAACAGCUCCAUGCAGUCAGGAGGAAACCACAGAGAGAAGUUCACCUUCAAGAAGCCGAACAAACCGGUUUCUACUGUGACAAGUAAUGAUGUUGGUAAAUGCUCGGCAGCAGAGAUCGCUCUGAAGAAGCAGCAGGCGAUGGAGAAGAGACGCCAGCGACUGCAGGCCCAAAACCUCUGAGCUCCGACCUGAGGAGGCAAACCGGCCGCGAAAAACUACAAAACACCUGUCUCCCUUUACCUGUCUGAGGAGGAAACCAAACAAGCAGCUGUCAGAGAUCCACCUGUGCAGCAGUGCUCUUAAUGCAUUUCUGAGGACUUAAAUGUAAGAGUUACAAUCUCCAAAUAACAGCAUUUCCUGUACAAAUGUAUGUUAAAAUGUAACUGUAAUGAUGUUUAUGUCAAGUUCUAAUCUUAUCAGAUUUCUCUUUUAAAUCAUGUCACAUUUUUGUUUCUUUUGUUUGUUUUCUUUUAGAAAGUGAGAUUGAACGUUUUCGUUGGUGUUUUAAGUAAAGAGCUGGGAUCAUGGUUAGCCUAGCUUAGCAUAAACACUGAAGGUAGGGGGGAACUGCUAGCUUGUCACUGUUUUAAAGUAUAAAAACACAUCUAACUUUGCCUCUAAAACUCACUGAGACAAGGCUAGCAGUUUCCCCCCGCUUCCAGUCGUUAUGCUAAGCUAGGCUAACCAAGUCCUGACUCCACACAGACGAGAUCUCCUCAACAGAAUACGUGUUUCCUAAAACGCUGAACCAUUCCUUUAAUGCCAGAUUACAUAACGAUAGUACAAAUGUUUAUUUCAAUCGGUUUUAAAGAAGGAUAAAUAUUCCUAAUUCAAGCAACUACAAAUUCAAGUCUCUUGUGAUUUAAAGAUGUUUGUGUGUUUUGUUCUUUGGCUCUUAAUGUGUGUCAUUUUAUAUUUGUAGGGACCAAACUCCUUUUGCACAUCAAUAAAAACUAAUUAGUCUUCUGUCAAAAGAUGGAUAUCAUUUUAGUUUUUAGUUCACAUCAGUUUGCAGUUAUCGUGCUAAGCUAGGCUAACCUCGUUGUUCGGAUUCUUUUAAAUAUUUCUCAUGUCUUUUCUUGAUCUUGAACCCUUGGAGUCGCUUUCUAAGUUUUCUACGUUGCUGUAAUUUCACUUUAUUUCCUGUAAAGCACUUUUUAUUGUUGUUUUUACCAAUAAAUCGUUUUAUUGUUGAUAUCA